UGAUUGUCGUAUGCGGUCACACUGCUACUCAGUUGCAUAAACAGUCGAACAAAACGCCAAACAAAUAAAAUGUCGUUCAAUAUAAUGCAAAAGCUCUCCUUACAAUGCCUUAAGGCUGAUCAGCCGCUCAUGACAACAAUACGAAACGCCAGCAAGAAAACCGGCGGCAGCACACGCAACAAGAAGGGCCAUCCGCGCCCAAAACAUCGUGGAUGGCGAGUGCUUGAUGGGCACUAUGUUUCCCAAGGAACCAUAUUGGCAACACAGUUAACGACGCGCUUCCAUCCCGGCCUGAAUGUUGGCUUCGGUCGCAACGGCACAUUGUUCGCCAUGGAACACGGCAGGGUUAUUGUUAGCUGCGAGCCCAUCGAACCAAACUGGGACCACACCUGGGUCCAACGCAACUAUGCCGGUCGACAAGAUCAAACUAUCUAUAAGAAAUUUUUCAAUGUUAUUCCCGAGAAGCAGCACCAGAGGUUUCGCCUCGUUGAGGAAAUUUGAA